UCCCUAUAAACCACGUGCCUCUAGGCGACCUACACGUCGCUCAUAUUCUAGAAGCUCUUCAAGCAGGAGUAUUUCUAGAGGAGGAGAAAGAAGAAGAAGAUCCAGAAGUCGCGAUAGAAGUCGUGGAGGAAGAAGAAGAGUGAGUCGUAGAGACGAACCUGAUCCUAGCCACGUUUUAGGUGUUUUCAACCUUAGUCUUAGGACUACUGAAAAAGAUUUACAACUUAUCUUUGAACGUUACGGAAGGGUUAACCAAGUGACUAUUGUUUAUGAUCAUCGGAGCGAUCGUUCUCGUGGGUUUGGAUUUGUCUACAUGAAUUCAGUCGAAGAAGCAACUAUUGCUAAGGAAAAAACAAAUGGGAUGGAACUCAAUGGAAGAAAUAUGCGUGUAGAUUAUUCAUUGACUCAGAGACCACAUACACCGACCCCUGGUGAAUAUAUGGAAGAAGAACGCCUUCACGCUCUAGGAGCCGAAGCUGGUCAAGGGAUAGAAGAAGAACCCGCAGCCGCAGUCAUUCAAGGAGUAGAAGAAGAUCGUAUAGCCGCACUAGAAGAUCCCGUAGCUACUCUCGCUGAAUAUAGGCCUAAAAGAGUUAAUGAAAACUUUGAAAUUCGAUUCAAAAGAAUAUUUGAUUUUGAAGGAUUACAUUACCCAGUUAACUUUCAAUUUCAACCCGGAAAAUCUUUAUCCAAAAUCCAAGAAGUACACAGUUAUGGAAAUAAAAGUAUAGAACGAAAACCGAACAUAACUCGUGAUCUUACGUUUUUGGCGG